GCGCAUACUCUCUUGCUUCCGCCUUUUCCUCCUCCUCAACCUCCGACACGCUCUCCCCGCCGCCGGCGUCCCCUCGAAUGGAGGCGGAACAGCAGCAGCCGCAGCGCCCGCGCCGCAAGGGGCAGAAGCGAAAGUUGGAGGACGAAGCGGCGGCGGCCGUCGCCGCUGCGGCUGCCGCGUCUUUGCUGGGCAGCGCGGGCGUCGACGACGACAACGACGAGGACGACGGCUCCGCGGGUGCCGAGAUCUGCUACCGCCACUCCCACGCGGCGCUCGCCCGUGAGGUCCGCACGCAGGUCGACGUUCUCCUCCGCUGCUCCUCCUGGCGCCACGCCGACCGCGCCGCCGCCAAGCGCGCCACCCACGUCCUCGCCGAGCUCGCCAAAAACGAGGAGGUUGUCAACGUGAUCGUAGAAGGCGGGGCCGUGCCGGCGUUGGUGCACCACCUGGAAGAGCCUGCGGCUGUGGCGGCGGCUCAGGAGCAGCAGCUGCCGCGUCCGUUAGAGCAUGAGGUCGAGAAGGGCGCCGCCUUCGCUCUGGGCCUCCUAGCUGUAAAGCCUGAACAUCAACAACUUAUAGUUGAUGCUGGUGCGCUACCUCCGCUGGUGAAUCUAUUGAAAAGGCAGAAAAAUACUACGAAUUCGAGGGUGGUUAACAGUGUUAUCAAGAGAGCAGCUGAUGCAAUUACCAAUCUUGCUCAUGAAAAUAGCAACAUCAAAACUAGCGUCAGAAUGGAAGGUGGAAUCCCACCUCUUGUUGAAUUGCUAGAAUCGCAGGAUCUUAAGGUGCAGAGAGCAGCUGCAGGGGCUCUGAGGACUCUAGCUUUUAAAAAUGAUGAAAACAAAAGUCAGAUUGUUCAAUGCAAUGCUUUGCCAACAUUGAUCUUAAUGCUCCGAUCAGAGGAUGCUGCAAUUCACUAUGAGGCGGUUGGUGUCAUUGGAAAUUUGGUUCAUUCGUCACCAAAUAUCAAGAAGGAGGUUCUUAAUGCAGGGGCCCUGCAACCUGUGAUUGGGUUAUUAAGUUCUUGUUGUACAGAAAGCCAAAGAGAGGCUGCUUUGUUGCUAGGGCAAUUUGCUUCGGCCGACUCUGAUUGCAAGGUCCAUAUUGUGCAAAGGGGUGCAAUCCGACCACUAAUUGAAAUGCUACAGUCGGCUGAUGUCCAACUCCGAGAGAUGUCCGCUUUUGCACUUGGGAGGCUUGCCCAGGACACACAUAACCAAGCAGGUAUUUCAUAUAAUGGUGGUUUGGUGCCUUUGUUAAAGCUUCUUGACUCAAAAAAUGGCUCUCUGCAACAUAAUGCUGCAUUUGCCCUUUACGGAGUUGCAGACAAUGAGGACUAUGUCUCUGACUUUAUUAAAGUAGGAGGUGUCCAAAAGUUGCAAGAUGGGGAAUUCAUUGUCCAGGCAACAAAGGACUGUGUAGCCAAAACAUUGAAGAGGUUAGAAGAGAAGAUAAAUGGACGAGUGUUGAAACACUUGCUUUAUUUGAUGCGAGUAGGAGAGAAAUCUGUGCAGAGACGUGUUGCUCUUGCUCUGGCUCACCUUUGUGCCCCUGAAGAUCAAAGAACAAUUUUUAUUGAUAAUAAUGGUCUCGACCUGCUUCUUGAUCUUCUAAUUUCCAUGAGCUCAAAACAUCAACAAGAUGGUUCAGCAGCACUAUACAAAUUGGCCAACAAAGCUGCAGCACUUUCUCCCAUGGAUGCUGCCCCUCCAUCCCCAACACCACAGGUUUAUCUUGGCGAGCAAUAUGUGAACAGUUCAACACUUUCAGAUGUUACCUUCUUGGUGGAAGGAAAGCGCUUUUAUGCACACCGAAUUGCUUUGCUUGCUUCGUCAGAUGCAUUUCGUGCAAUGUUUGAUGGUGGGUAUAGGGAAAAGGAUGCAAGAGACAUUGAAAUUCCCAAUAUCAGAUGGGACGUUUUUGAACUCAUGAUGAGAUUUAUCUAUACAGGUUCAGUGCAGGUAGCCAAUGAAAUUGCUCAGGAUCUUCUUAGAGCCGCCGAUCAGUAUCUCUUAGAAGGGCUCAAACGCCUCUGUGAAUAUACUAUUGCAAAGGAUGUGAAUCUAGAUAACAUCUCUGACAUGUAUGACUUGUCCGAAGCCUUUCAUGCCGUGUCACUGAGACAUACAUGCAUCUUGUUUAUUCUGGAGCAGUUUGACAAGAUCUGCACCAGACCAGGCUUCGCUCAGCUGAUUCAGCGUGUUAUUCCGGAGCUCCGCAAUUUUCUCACCAAUGCGCUAAGUCCAAGCCAGAAGAACACGCAGACAUGAUGAGUCCACAUUCGUUGAUGCCAUCACCAUCAGGAUCCUGCUGGAGAAUAUUGUACAGCUAAAGUUUCUGGCGUUGGACGUUAGAUCGAUGGUAUCUAUUGCAGGUACACGGUGGCUGGGUCCUUAAGUAACAUGAACCAUGUAACAUCGUUUAUUCCCUUUCCACUUAACGGAGGUUAUGGGUUAUGGUAAGAGUAUGGCUAAGGGGAACUGGUGGUUAGUCAUCUGUUAACCAGCUUACGCUGGGAUAGGUUCGAUUGAACGGUCCCGAGUCCUGACCAAAUUUGUCGGACUCGGCUUUGUUUCCGAGUUUAUGGUCGUUUCCAGUUUACAGUUGAGAGUGUGCCCGUCUGUGGAAAGUAAAAGCAUGAGCAACGGUGUAAUAGUGAUCGUUGCUGUUCUUUGUGUUGUUUUUUAGAUAAUGCAGUUCUUGUGUUGUUAAA